AUGUCGACAACAAAUUUCACCAGAGGUGGAACACAGACGGAAACAUUUGGAGAACUGAUAUGCUCCCCCUCUUUGACAGGUGGACUUCAAUCAGCAUCAGUUUAUUUCGCAGUAGUCAACAUUUUCCUCUCCAUCACAGCAUUUCUUGGUAAUUCUCUCACCCUUGUUGCCCUUCACAAAGAAUCGUCCCUACAUCCGCCGUCCAAACUCUUGUAUCGUUGUCUGGCAACAACUGAUCUGUUGGUUGGUUUUUUUGCUCAGCCUCUGCGUGUUACUAUUUGGAUGUCCGUGGUUCACAAACAUUGGAGCCUUUGUCAUUACGCAAACAAAGCAGCCUACAUCACAGGCGUAGCACUAUGUGGAGUUUCUUUGCUGACGAUAGCGGUAAUAAGCGUGGACAGGCUUCUCACCCUGUUUUUAGAACUGAGAUACAAAGAGAUUGUAACCCUGAAGCGCAUUUAUAUCGCUCUAGCUAGCUUUUGGGUUUUAUGUCUUGUCGCCUCUUUGUGCAUCAUUUUCGAUCAGCGUAUAACCGCUUUGUAUACCCGGAUAUUGAUACCACUUUCGCUGCUUAUUUCACUCGCCUCGUACACAAAGAUAUUUUGCACUCUUAGACAUCAUCAGGCACAAAUACAACAACAGCCGAGCCAACCAAGUGCACUGAACAUGGCGCGAUACAGAAAAGCAGUGCACAGUGCUCUGUGGGUACAGUCAGCAUUAGUUGUUUGUUAUACACCAUACUAUAUAGUGGAUAUUGUAGUCACUUAUAGUACAACAUAUUCAUCACACUUAGUCGUCGUAUUGGAAAUAGUGACUAUCUUAGUUUACUUUAACUCAACGUUAAACCCGUUUCUUUACUGCUGGAAAAUAAGUGAAAUGAGAGAAGGAAUGAAGCAGACAAUCAGACAAGCACUAUGCUGUCCAUGA